CAGGCGCGAGCACCGCCGCGCGGCCGCCACUCUGCCACGCCACGCCGCCCCACGCUCUCCGGACGCUCGCACAGCCGGCCUCCGCGGAAGCAGCCUCUCACUCGCCGCCGGAUCCACGCCUCACGAGAGUGUCGCCACCCGAGUUCUCGCCGAGGUGCAGUGCAGGUCGUGUCGUUCGUGUGUGUUCCGACCUUCGAUCGAUUUCUUAUAUUUCUUUGGCGUCACAUAAGUACUGAACUACGGUUGCUAGGAGUAUACGCUGUGCUGCGCUGUGGACAGUGCUGAUCAUGUGAUUUUUCUGGCAGGUUUGCGGUGAGCAGUGGCGGAGUCAGUGAGGAUGCAGUUCUUGGCGGCCGUGGCUCUGCUGUCACUCCACGUGGCACUGUGCUCGUCACUCGACGUGUCGCAAUGCGUCUGGCCUCUGGGAAUGGAGUCCGGCGCCAUCCCGGACAAAGACAUCACCGCCAGCUCCUCCUUCGACAGCGGAAACGUGGGACCGCACGUCGCCCGUGUGCGGACGGACCGGAACGGCGGCGCGUGGUGUCCGAAGCGGCAGGUGACGUCGGAGCCGGUGGAGUGGCUGCAGGUGGAGCUGCGCGACGUGCACCUGGUGACCGCCGUCGAAACGCAGGGCCGCUUCGGCAACGGCCAGGGCCGCGAGUUCGCCGAGAACUUCCUGCUCGAGUACUGGCGGCCCGCGCUCAACAAGUGGGUGCGCUACCGGCCCAGCAGCGGCAAAGAGGUGCUCCCAGGCAACACGAACACGUACACGGAGUCGCGGGUGGACCUGGAGCCGGCCGUGUUCGCCUCGCGCGUUCGCUUCCUGCCCUUCAGCCACUACCCCAGGACCGCCUGCAUGCGCGUCGAACUCUACGGCUGCCGCUACACAGACGGCGUGCUGCGGUACUCGAUGCCGCAGGGCGACAGCGAGGGCCCUGGAGGGCGCGAGCUGCUGGACGCGUGGUACGACGGUCGCUGGGAGGGCCAGGGAAGGCUGCACGGCGGCCUCGGGCUGCUCACCGACGGCAGCGUACGCGCAGACCUGGAGAGCCUCGCCACUGGUUACGGUUGGGUUGGGUGGCGGAAUGAAACGCGCGCCGGCCAACCAGUCGAGAUCAUCUUCGAGUUCGACAAGGUGCGCGAAUUCACAGGCGUGCACAUCUUCACCGACAACGAGUUCACCAGGAGCGCGGAGGUGUUCGCCGAGGCGCGCCUGUUCUUCAGUGUGACCGGAAGGGAGUUCCCGGGGGAGCCCAUCUCGUUCGUCUACGUGGCCGACCACAUCUUCGAGACCCCGCGCAACGUCUCCAUCAAGCUGCACCACCGCAUCGGACGCUUCGUCAAGCUGCUGCUCUUCCACGCCAGCGAGUGGAUCAGAAUCAGCGAGGUCACCUUCGACUCAGAUGUCGCCCACGGUAAUUUUACCGACGACGACCUGGGCACGUCGCUUGUCCAUCCCGUUCUUGCUGGCUCGACGGAGAAACCGAAAACCAAACCAAGUUCCAGUGAACUUCCUGUGACGACGGCGCGCGAGGAGCCGACCAGCUACCUGGCGGCGGUGGUGGGCGUGCUGUCGGCCGUGGCGCUGCUGCUGGCGGCGCUGGUGUACGUGGCCGUGGCGCGCCACCGCCGCCGCAAGGCCUUCCCCUCGCCGCUGCCCAUCAAGGUUUCCGCCGCGGCGGGCGCCGGCGCCGGCUCUGCCGCCGACGAGGCGGCGGCGUUCCGCGGCGACGCGGUCCGCGACUGCGAGGCGCUGCGCGGCACGCUGGACCCGCUGCUGCGGCCAGCGCACCGCGACUUCCAGGACUACCAGGAGCCCUUCUACAGUUACAGCAGCGUCAUCGACAAGUGCCUCGCCACGCAGUCUGAGACGUCGCACGAGUACGCGGUGCCGGAGCAGGGCGGGCUGUCGCUGCCGCCGUUCCUGGCGACGCCGCCGCCGGCGCGCAGCGACCGCCACACGCCGGCCGCCUCCUCCACCAGCCGCAGCACCACCUCCACCGCCACCAAGUCGGACAGCUCCACCAGCAACAAGUCCAGCAACCUGCAGGAGGCGCUGGCGGCGCUCAAGAUGCGGCUACAGCAGGCCACUCUGCCGGAGUUCCCCAGGCACAGGUUGCGCAUGAUCUCCAGGAUAUCCGAUGGCGCCUUUGGAACCGUGUACGUGGCGGAGGCCGACGGCAUCAUGGAAUUUGGCGGCGCUCCGACUCUCGGCAAGCGGCUGGUCGCCGUCAAGUCGCUGCCCAUCGGAGCUGCCGAGAAGUCCAGACUGGACUUCAUGCGGGACGCCCGAAUCCUCUCGGCGCUGGACGAGCCACACCUAUCGCGGGUGCUCGGCGUUUGCACGCUGGAAGAGCCGAUGGGCGUCGUGCUCGAGUACCUCGACCACGGAGACCUCAACCUGUUCCUCAGGCAACACCACCAUGAAGACGACCCGUACAUCACAGGCGCUAACACCGUAAGUUCAACGUGCCUACUGUACAUAGCCUCGCAAAUAGCGUCCGGGAUGCGUUACCUGGAAACUCUGAACUUCGUACAUCGGGACCUCGCUACGAGAAACUGCAUCGUGGGCAAGGCUUACCACGUGAAAAUCUGCGACUUCGGCACCAACAACGAGCUGUAUGCUGCCGACUAUUAUCCGAUCGACGGAUCGAGGUCGCUGCCAGUUCGGUGGAUGGCCCCAGAGUCCGUGUGCCAGGGCAAAUACACGACGAAGAGCGACGUGUGGUCGUUCGCUGUGACGCUGUGGGAGGUCCUGACGUUGUGCCGGCGGCGGCCAUACGAGUCGUUGUCGGACCAGCAGGUGCUGGAGGCGCUGCAGCACUGCUACGGCCUGGAGCGGACCCACUGCCUCGAGGACGCCGGCCUGGAGCUGCUGCCGUGCGCGCCGUGCGGCCCGCGAGACGUCCAGGAGCUGAUGGCCGAGUGUUGGCGCCCCUGCGACGCCGACCGGCCCACUUUCCGCGAGAUACAGCUCUUCCUGCAGAGGAAGACGCUGGGAUACGCACCGCUCGGCGCCACCGUCUAGCCGCAGGUCGUGCCAGAUACAAUCACGGAAGCGGUCCAGUAGGGACACUGCGCGAUGCACAUGGUGCCUAGAAAAAAGGACUGCUCUGUAAGCGGUGCCAGUUUUAAGCUUCAAGACCACAUGUGUUCUUAUUGUGCGUCCUGCAUUACCUGUGAACAUAUUGUCAAGUCGCAGUAGAAUCUAUAAAAACCUCUCGGGAUUAAAGCCGUGUUAGAUCGUUUUAAACAUAUAUGCUUGCAACAGUGUUCGUCACUGUCAAUUGACCGUCCCUCUUUAAUGCAACUGUCCUACGAAGUGUUCGUGUUAGUACUUUCCUGUACCUCAAACGAUCUCACGCAUCUUUAAUUUGAAGAUUAUUUGCUAAGUCUCUCAGCACUGCCAAUACUGUUACGUUACCUCAGAGACGAUGUGCAUAAUGGGACACAGUAGAUGUCAUUGGGCGUACGAAAUCGCUUUGCAGAACUUAUGUAAACAUCUUAUUUUCAUUUACAAGUACUAUAAAAUGUGAAAGAUCAUAAGGAGGACGUUGACUACCGGAAUGUAAUAUUAAUUUGAGCGAUGAAAUAGACUGAAAUAACGUGCACUGUAAUAGCAGUCUUUAGCAAUCGACGAAUUACUGAUAGCUGAAAUUAUAAAUUUCAUCGGGUGCUGCUAAUGGUACUGAGCUACAACGUGUUCUGUAAUUGAACUUAUCUAAUCGUUAUGCUUUUUUUAAUACAUUUGUGUUAGAAGUUAGCUGGCGUGCUUCGGAAUUUCAGAAGAGUGAAGUGCUGCAUCUUCAAAGGAAUGUUGGCGGAACGUGAUUUAAUUUCGAUUCUGUAACCUUAUCGAACGAUGUUCUUGCGUGAAGCAAAUGUUUUGUGAAAUUUAUGACGUCCAUGCCAUGACAGUGUAAUUUUAAGAAAUCUUUUAUGUAGAUGUGAAUGUGUGCUUUCCCGGCGUAUACAGCUGGUGAAGAG